GGUAAUUAAUGGUUGAACUAAUAUGAGGGGACUGUUUUAAGUUGAACCCCGUUAAUAGAGAGCAGAAGCGAAAGUUUUGGAGCCGGAAUGGAGCCCGGGUGUUCCGCGGUUUCCGCCGCUGUGAGGAAACUCCGCUCAGUCAGUGCUAAGCUAACAUGGCGGACGGUGGGCAUCCUGAAUCAGAGCAGGACCUCGAGAGCAAGAUCAGGGAAACGCGCCAGAGAUUCAAAGAGGAAUACAUUCAGGAUUCAUCAGACAAGUAUGACUCCAGAGACGUGGACAGACUCCAGCAGGACGACGCCCUGGUUGACGGCUACCUCACGUGGCGACAGUUUGUGGUUGAUGAUGCACUGAAGAUGAUUGAUGAGAGUUUUCAGUGGAGGAAAGAGUUUAACCUGAACGACCUCACUGAGAGCAGUAUUCCGAGAUGGAUGUUUGAAACGGGAGCGGUGUACCUCCACGGUUAUGACAAAGAGGGCAACAAACUGUUCUGGUUCAAAGUGAAGCUCCACGUAAAGGACGCUAAAACAAUUCAUGAUAAGAAGAGGUACGUAGCCUUCUGGCUGGAGCGCUACGCUAAACGUGAGCCAGGCAUGCCCCUCACCGUCGUGUUCGACAUGUCCGAGUCUGGCAUCGGAAACAUCGACAUGGAAUUUGUGAAGUAUAUCAUUAGCUGCUUCAAAGUGUUCUAUCCGAAGUUUCUGUCCAAAAUGAUAAUGUACGAGAUGCCUUGGAUCAUGAAUGCUGCCUGGAAGAUAGUGAAGACAUGGCUGGGUCCAGAAGCCAUCAGCAAGCUCAAGUUCGUGUCCAAAAGUGAUGUACAGACGUUCAUCGAUGCUGAACACCUUCCUCCACACAUGGGAGGAACGGACCAGUUCAAGUACAGUUAUCCUCCCCUCCCGGAUGAUGAGUUCAAGUCACCUAUAAAUGAAAACGGUCCAAUUGUGAGUGAGGACGAGAGCGAGGUGAAAGACACGGAGUCUGAAUGUAAGGAAAGCCUGGAGUCCAGCUUCAACGCAGAGCAGGCGCUCAGACCUAAAAAGGUGAAUUUCGUGGAGGACGGAGGGAGGGUGGAUGACGUGGACCGGUCAGACGGGUCCAGUCGGUUGAGGGGGGUCAGGAAACCGCAGACCACUUUUAAAGGCACUUUACUGCACGUGAGUCCAGCUGAAGAGCUCAGUUUUGGAUCGAAGGACUCAGAAAAGAAAUGUCUUAUUGUUCUCAACAACGUGACCAAAAACCAAGUGGCAUUCAAGGUGCGUACGACGGCUCCUGAGAAAUACCGAGUGAAGCCCAGCAGUAGCAGCUGUGAGGCGGGAGCGAGUGUGGACAUUGUGGUGUCUCUACAUGGAGGUUUCCAGGCAUCUCCUCAGGAUCGGUUCUUGGUGAUGGCUGCUGAAAUGGAGCCGGGUGCUGGUGCUGGAACCCCUGAACUCACUCAGUUCUGGAAAGAUGUUCCAAAACCAAAGAUCAUGGAGCACAGGCUCCGGUGUCAUGUUCUUGAGAGUCCCAAGUCUAUUUUGAGCAACGCGAGCGACAGCCCGCUAAACACGCCUACUGGUGACACCCAGGACCUGCAGACGGCGCUGAUGCGUCUUGUGGUGAGUAAUUCGCGGCUGGAGCAGAAGCUGGACUCCUGCAUGUGGCUGCAGAAGGUCCUGCUGGUUCUCGUCUCCGUCCUGAUGGCCUUCAGCUUCUCCACGUUCUACUGGCUGUGGACGUCGUAACCCGUCAGACCUCAGAACUCCAUGUUCGGCUUUUAGAAGCUCACCCUGAAACACUGGCCAGUCAGCUGCUGAGAAUGCGUGAUGGAGAUCAUCGCAGGGACCCUUCUUGUGUGAGCGGUGCUGCCUGUCGCCGGGCAUGCUGGGUAAACUGCCAGGCUUCCUCCCGCUCUGUGCUCGGAGCUAACCAAAGAGAGCAGAGAGCUUCCUGUGUGAUUCGAAGGCAUAAUAAUGUAUUUUUAUUACUCAUCAUGAAGUAACUACAUAAUUUAUAACAGAUGUAAUGUAGCUUGUAAAGUAAUUGUUUAGCAAUAGACUUUAUAAUCUAUUGUAUAAAUCACAGAUUUAUAAAAAAAUAAAUGAUUCCUUUUUUUAAUAUUAA